UACACAUUUAAACAUUAGACUCACUCCACUCCAGGUUCACUCCCACAUCUACAGCCUCCAUCAGCGUCUCUGCUCCACUUUCUCCUCCGUGAUUCAUCUGCAAACCGUCAUCAUGGUCUCCCAUAAAGAGUUUGCGGGUGCAGGGAAGGAGCCUGGGCUGAAGGUGUGGCGUAUUGAGAACAUGGACCUGAAGCCGGUUCCCAAGCCGCUGCAUGGCAGCUUUUACACCGGCGAUGCUUAUCUGCUGCUCUUUACCACUGCGGCCCCUUCAUACAACAUACACAUGUGGCUGGGAGAUCUGUGUUCCCAGGAUGAGAGUGGAGCGGCGGCCAUCUUUGCCAUGCAGCUGGACGACUUCCUGGGUGGGUCCCCGGUGCAGUUCAGGGAGGUGCAGGGCCACGAGUCUAACACCUUUCUGGGUUAUUUCAAAUCAGGCAUCAAGUAUCAGAAAGGGGGCGUGGCCUCAGGUUUUCAGCACGUGGUGACCAAUGACAUGAACGUGAAGCGGCUGCUGCACAUCAAGGGUCGGCGGGCCAUCAGAGCAACGGAGGUGGAUAUGUCCUGGAACAGCUUCAACACGGGCGACUGCUUCAUUAUUGACCUGGGGAAGGACGUGUAUCUGUGGUGCGGCAGCGAGAGUCACUAUUUAGAGAGGCUGAAAGCCUCCGAGGUCGGCAUCGACAUCAGAGAUAACGAGAGGAAUGGCAGAGCCAAGCUGCACAUGAUCGAGGAGGGGGAGGAGCCGGCCGCAGUCUUAGAGGCUUUGGGUCCCAAACCCACUAUUGCUCCCGCCAGCUCCCUACCUGAUGAUGUGAAGGUGGACACCUCCAACAGGAAGAAGGGCGCCCUCUACAUGAUCUCUGAUGCGUCUGGUAACAUGAAGGUUUCAGUUGUGGCUCAAUCCAGUCCCUUCAAACAGGCCAUGCUGUCUCCUCAGGAGUGUUACAUCCUAGACAAUGGGAUGGACAGGAACAUCUUUGUUUGGAAAGGUGCUAAGGCCAGCAUGCCAGAGCGUAAAGCUGCCAUGGCCACUGGUCAGAAGUUCAUCAAAGACAAGGGAUACUCCAAUAAGACGCAGAUCCAGGUUCUUCCUGCUGGAGCCGAGACAACUCUGUUUAAGCAGUUCUUCUUCAACUGGAUGGACAAGGAUGAGACCACGGGCCCCAGUAAGGCCUACACCAUCGGCAGCAUUGCAAAUGUGAAACAGGUGCCAUUUGAUGCCUCAACCCUGCACACAAACAAAGCAAUGGCGGCUCAACACGGCAUGGUGGACGAUGGCAAGGGCAAAGUCCAGAUCUGGCGAGUUGAGCUUGGUGAUAAAGUGCCAGUGGACCCCUCCACCUACGGUCACUUCUAUGGUGGAGACUGUUACCUUAUCCUCUACAGCUCCAAAGCGGGACACUUCAUAUACACUUGGCAGGGGCACAAGUGCACUAAGGAUGAGCUGGCAGCUUCAGCAUAUCUCACAGUGAGACUCGAUGACUCAAUGGGAGGAUCCGCAGUUCAGGUGAGAGUGACUCAGGGUCAGGAGCCUCCCCACCUGAUGAGCCUGUUUCAGGGCAAACCCAUGAUCAUCCACAGCGGAGGGACGUCGCGCUCGGCUGGACAGACUCAGGCCAGCAACACUCGUCUUUUCCACAUCCGACAGAGCUCUUCCCACGCAACUCGGGCUGUCGAGGUCGAGGCCUCUGCGUCCAAUCUGAACACCAACGAUGUGUUUGUGCUGAAAUCCCCAGCUGGCGUGAUUGUGUGGCGAGGCACUGGAGCCAGUGAUGAGGAGAUGGCAGCUGCAAAACAUGUUGUGGACUUCUUUGGUGGCAAAGCCAGCCACGUGUCGGAAGGCAAGGAAACAGGUGAUUUCUGGUCUGCUCUUGGUGGCAAAAAGGAUUAUCAGACGUCCAAGAGUCUGCAGAACACUGUUAAACCCCCGCGUCUGUUCGGCUGCUCCAACAAGACUGGAACACUUGUUGCCGAAGAAGUACCAGGAGACUUUACUCAGUCAGAUCUGGCCACUGAUGACGUCAUGAUCCUGGAUACCUGGGACCAGCUCUUCCUGUGGGUUGGCAAUGACGCUAAUGCAGAAGAAAGGAAGGGAGCUCCUAAAAUAGCACAAGAAUAUGUAGACUCAGACCCAUCUGGUCGCAGAGGCAUUCCCAUCUCCACCAUCAAACAGGGAGCAGAACCUCCUACUUUCACUGGCUGGUUCCAGGCUUGGGAUGCUAAGUUGUGGGACCAAAAGCCAAUGGACAGACUCCGGUCAUGUUUCUUAACACAGAAAAAUCCAGGCUUCUCCUCCUAGUCCAUAUUCUAUCCCAUCUUGCACUUCCUGUUUCCACAUUGUUUAUCUUACCUCCAAUUCCCAUAAGUGCCAAAGCCAAUAUGGUAUCACUGUAAUCAGGUUGAAUGGCUCCUUUGUCUCUGCACAGAGCACUAAACCUCAAGAACUGGAUGUAGAACCACAUCAGGAGUCAAAAGACUUCUCUUGUAACAUCAUCCUGAACUGAUGUUUAUCUGUGUUCUGCGUCCAACAGCUUGUUGCGCGUUACAUGUUUUCCAAAAUCCCACUGAGGACCUAUUAUGCCUAGGAAAUAGGAAAUGAGGCAAAUUUUUGACUAUUAUCCAUUGCUCUCUGCUAUCUGUCACAACAGUGUAUUUGUAUUUAGAGGACACCAUCAUGCCUUUCUCUGUCAGCAGCAUAUUUUUGUUUAUCAAAAUGAUGGCGUUUGUUUGUUGCGUAUUGUUUACUCAAUUUCCACUCCAUGUCGACAUGUGUUGUGUCUCAUCAUCAUCUCAUUGUCGGAGUGUUGCAAAAUUAUUCAAAAUUAUUAUAAGUUCAAUGCUGCAUGUUUUUAUUCCAAAAUCAUUUCCGUGCUUGUGAGAUUUAGAAGACAUACAGUGCAGUGGCGUACACAUAUGUUGGCUUUGUUAUUGCUCUAAUAAAUGACCCUGAAAUGGUCACGUGGAUGGCUUUUAAAUAAAACUCCAAAGAUUUCAA